AUGGGGGACAUGAAGACCCCGGAUUUCGACGACCUCCUGGCGGCCUUCGACAUCCCCGACAUCGACACCAGCGAGGCCAUCCAUCCGGGCCACGAGGAGGCCGAGGCGCCCAUCCGUCCCGUCCCGGGGGAGGCGGCCGCCCCCGAGCACGUCCUCCCGCACGCCGACAUCACCACCGUCAGCGUCAUCGUGAAGAACACUGUCUGCCCUGAGCAGCUGGAGCCAGGGGACGGGCGCCUGAAGGACAGCGCGGGCGGCCCCCGCCUGCUGCAGAACGGCUUUGCGGCGCCCGAGCUGCCCCGGGCCUCCCCGGUGCCCUCGGCGGAACCCGCAGCCCCCGCCAAUGGCGAGUGCUGGGCCCUGAAGGAGAAGGCCCCCAAGAGCCUGGACCUCUUUUCCCCCUUCAGCCCCGAGCCCCACAAGGAGGGGGAGGCAGACCUGAUCGACCAGCCCCGGGGUGGCAAGGGGAGGGAGCAGCCGGGCCUUGCCGGGGCGGCCAUUGUCCCGGCCCCCAUCUUGUCUGCUGGCCCCUCCCUGGACUGCCCCCCAGCCGUUCAGGAGAGCCUGGGACCCUCGUCCCCUCCGGCUUUCCCUCCGCCUUUUGAAGCGUGCCCGCCGGGUGGGGUGGGCCUCUCGCUGACCCCUCCUCCUGCUCCUCCUGCUCCCGUUCUGGCUUCUCCUACGAUCAAGCAGGAAGUGGACUGCGAGAUGCCUUGCCAGGGGUCCAGCCCCUUGGAGCGACCCACGCCUGGCUCCUCCUGCUACUCCACGGAGACCUCCCCCCGGGUCCCCUGGCCUGGCUCUGAGGCAGACCUGGAGGGGGAGCUCGGCAGCCUCCCCGACAUCAAGCACUCGCUCUCCAGCCCUCGGGAGCAUCUCUUCCAGGGUUCCCCGCGGAAGGGAGCCAGUCCUGGGCCUCUGGUCCCCCCAAAACCCCCCGGCGGAGGACCCCUGAAAGAAGAGCCGAUGGAAAAGCCACUGCAGUGCCCGCCAGUCCCUUCCAGCGGGGGGGAGGAGGAAGAGGAGGAGGAGGAGGAUGGGGAACAGGAGGACCAGAGUACCGGUUCCCCCUCGUCCGGUUCCUCACGGCCCCUCAAGGUGAGGAUCAAGACUAUUAAGACGUCCUCGGGAAGCAUCACCCGGACGGUGACCAGGGUCUCGUCGGACGCUGAGGCAGGGCUCGCCAAGCUGUCCUCGGAUCCGGGCGGCCCGGAGACCCCGGCAGCCGAGGACGCCCUGCUCCCUGCCGUCAGCCAGAAGGAAGAGGCUGCUCCGGAGAACCCCAGCCUGAGGGCUCUGGUGUCCAGCCCCGUGAAGGUGACGGAGGGCCCCAAGCUGGUCAGCGUCCAGCUGGGCGACGGCACCAAGCUCAGGGGCACGGUGCUGCCCGUCUCCACCAUCCAGAACGCCAGCAGCGCCAUGCUCAUGGCGGCCAGCGUGGCCCAGCAGAAGGCCGUGGUGCUGCCCAGCAAGGCUUUGGCCAAGAACGUCCUCAGCCUGGUGCCCCAGCCCCUCCCCAAGGCCGCCGAGGUCCGGGCCGGGGCGGGCGCCGUGCCCGCCCCCGCCAGCCAGAAGGUCAACGGCACCACGGUGGUAGCCCUGCAGCCCCAGAAGCCCUCGCCCCCCGUGGCCGGCACGGUCAUCUCCCGCAGCCAGUCCAGCCUGGUGGAGGCCUUCAACAAGAUCCUCAACAGCAAGAACCUGCUGCCCCCCUACAAGCCCAACCUGCUGCCCCCCGCCGAGUCCAGCCUGAGCCUGCCGCCGCUGGGCUACCGCUGCCUGGAGUGCGGCGACGCCUUCGCCCUGGAGCGCAGCCUGGCCCGGCACUACGACCGGCGCAGCCUGCGGGUGGAGGUGACCUGCAACCACUGCGCCAAGCGCCUGGUCUUCUUCAACAAGUGCAGCCUGCUGCUCCACGCCCGCGAGCACAAGGACAAGGGGCUGGUCAUGCAGUGCUCCCACCUGGUCAUGCGGCCCAUCGCCCUGGACCAGAUGAUCGGCCAGCCGGACGUGGCCCCGCUGGUCUCCCUGGCCUCCCUCAGCGCCAGCAAGGCGGCCUCCCCGGCCGGCCCAGCCCCGGACGCCAGCCCGGCCCAGGGAGGCCCCGCCCAGGACAUGCCCGUCCUGCCCCUGAGCGGGAGCAGCGCUGACCAACCGCCGGCCACCAACUCCUGUCAGUGCCUGGAGUGCAAGGAGCAGUGCAAAGACAAGGCGGGUCUGGCCGCCCACUUCCAGCAGGCCGGAAGCGCCGGCUCCACGGUGUGCAACAGCUGCCCGAUGAUCAUGGCCAACCGCUGCAGCUUCAGCGCCCACCAGCGCAUGCACAAGAGCCGCCCGCCCCACGUCUGCCCCGAGUGUGGCGGGAACUUCCUGCUGGCCAACUUCGACGCCCACCUGAAGGACGCCUGCCUGCAUUUCUCCCGCAGGAUCGGCUACAGGUGCCCCAGCUGCUCGGUGGUCUUCGGCGGCGUGAACUCCAUCAAGUCCCACAUCCAGACGUCGCACUGCGAGGUCUUCCACAAGUGCCCCGUCUGCCCCAUGGCCUUCAAGUCGGCCCCCAGCGCCCACGGCCACAUCUACACCCAGCACCCGGGCUUCAGCAGCCAGCAGUCCAAGAUGAUCUACAAGUGUGCCAUGUGCGACACGGUCUUCACGCACAAGCCGCUGCUCUCCUCCCACUUCGACCAGCACCUGCUCAGCCAGCGGGUCAGCGUCUUCAAGUGCCCCAGUUGCCCUUUGCUCUUCGCCCAGAAGCGGACCAUGCUGGAGCACCUCAAGAACAACCACCAGCAGCAGCUGCCGCCACCGAAGCCGAAGGAGGAGCCGGGGAAGCAGGCCGCCCCCGCCGCGCCCACCGCCCCCAAGCAGGGGCCGGCGGAGGAGGAGCCCCCGCCGCCCGUCUCCAAGCCCCCCUCCUCCUCCUCGUCCUCCUCUUCCUCCUCCUCCUCAGAGGACGACCCCCCCAGCUCCCCCGAGGUGCGCAAGAGCAAGCGGGGCCGGUUCCAGCGCAAGGCGGAGCUGGGCAGGCGGUCGCGGAGCAACGGCUGGACCUGCGGCAUCUGCCACUCCUGGUUCCCGGAGAGGGACGAGUACGUGGUGCACAUGAAGAAGGUCCACGGGAAGUGCGUGAAGAAGUUCCCCUGCCAUCUGUGCGAGCGCUCCUUCUGCUCCGCGCCCAGCCUGCGCAGGCACAUCCGGGUGAACCACGAGGGCAUCAAGCGGGUCUACCCCUGCAGGUACUGCACCGAGGGCAAGCGGACGUUCAGCAGUAGGCUCAUCCUGGAGAAACACAUCCAGGUGCGGCACGGGAUCAAGGUGACCGACGCCAACCGCAGCCAGGAGGUGCUGGCCACCCGCUUGGGCUCCAGGAACGCCCAGGUGUCCGGCCGGAAGCGCAAGCUCUCCUCGGACGACGGGGACUCGUGCAGCGAAGAGCCGGACAGCACCACCCCGCCCUCCAAGACCCCCAAGGGCGGCCGGCGGCCCCUCUACCACUGCCGCAAGUGCGGCUACGUCGCCCCUACGGCGGCCGACUUCCAGGAGCACAUCCCCCGGCACCGGACAGGCGAAAGCGCCCACCAGUGUCACGAGUGCGGACUCUGCUUCACCUCUCAGGUCUCCCUCAACCGCCACCGCUUCAUCACCCACAAGAAGAAGCGGGGCGCGGGCGAGGGGGAGGCCGGCGCCCCUCAGGGAGGAGGGGGGACGGAGGAGGGGUCGCCCUCCGCCACCGAGGGGAGCCUCUCCUGCACCGUCUGCGGCAAAGGCUUCGACACCCAGCUCAACCUCAAGACUCACUUCCGCACCCACGGCAUGGCCUUCAUCAAGGCCCGACAGACCGGGGGGGCCGAGAACUAG